UCUCGGCUUUGCCUGCACGCCGUCGCUUUGACAGUGGUGUAACAACCUUCGCGAGAGUCGUGCCGUGCCGUGCCGUGCCGAGUCGUGCUGCGAUUUGCGGCUUGAAAAACGGGGAAAAAGAAACGAUCGGUGUUUUUUUCGAAAAAUUGAUCGCCGCGUCGCAUCGAGGACCCGCCACUCGUUCAAAGAGCGACGCGCUUUCCCUGAGCGUCGCCUAUCCCUCGCUAUUGAACUUUUAGUUAAAUUAAAAAAACGCUGACACGUACAAUCGAGAAGAAUACUACAAGUUUUUCCCCUCGAAAUUCAUCACGAGUGGCGAUUUUUAAAGCUCUUCGCGUGAGAGGAGCACGUAGAACGGUGGAUCGAUUCGAUCGAUAGUCUGUCGCGACCGAGCGGGACUGACAAUUUUAAACACGCUCGCGGAUAUUUGAGUAAAUAUUACAGAGAGGAGACAAAAUUGAUCAUCGUAAGCUGAUAUAAGGGAACCAUUAUUACGAUAGUCCGCGGACACGCCGUGUGUGGUUUGUGCGCGUGAUAAAACGUUAUCUGCUAUAACACGAAAUUCCUUCACGGUCUCUAGGAUCAUUCUUUCGGGAAGUUUCGGUGCGGUUUCCUGCUCGGUCCAGGGGUACCGGAAGUGCAUAUUAACUAAGAAGAACGAUACGGCAUUUGACGGCAUUUGAUGGCUCCUCGUGAAAAGGUCCCACUGUUUCGUUUAAUAACUCAAUUGUAACGAUGUCACGGCUCGCUUCAAUUAGUUUGAAGAUGCCUUUCACGUUGUAAAGUGACUUUCGUCGAAAGAAGCUGUGCACUUACGAUGGGCAAGCUUUUAAGCCUUUUGGCUCGAGAUGAGUCUACCUGUUGCACUCCUCAGAAAUACGACGUCUUUUUAGAUUUCGAAAAUGCACAACCAUCGGAUAUCGAACGUGAGACGUUCGAGGCGGUGCAAAGAGUGCUGAAAAAUUCGGAAUCCAUUUUGGAGGAAAUACAGUGUUACAAGGGAGCUGGGAAAGAAAUCAGAGAGGCAAUUUCGGUACCCACGGAGGAAUGUCAACGAAAAGCGUAUCUGACCGUGGCACCUCUCGUCGCAAAACUCAAACGAUUCUACGAGUUUUCCUUAGAGCUUGAAAGGGUUGUACCGAAAAUUCUGGGACAAUUAUGCUCGGGUAAUCUUUCACCGACGCAACAUCUAGAAACGCAACAGGCUUUAGUCAAACAAUUGGCGGAAAUAUUGGAAUUCGUAUUGAAGUUCGAUGAGCACAAAAUGAAAACGCCGGCAAUUCAGAAUGACUUCAGCUACUAUCGAAGGACACUGACGAGGGCGUCCUUGGCGCAUCAGGACAAUGCCGAAAAGGAUCUAGUUGUCGGGAACGAACUUGCCAACCGAAUGUCCUUGUUUUACGCCCACGCGACACCCAUGCUUCGAGUUCUGAGUCACGCGACCAUUACUUUCUUGAUGGACAACGAAGAUAUAGCAAGGGAAAAUAUUACAGAAACACUUGGCACAAUGGCAAAAGUGUGUCUUCGAAUGUUGGAAAAUCCGAAUUUGCUGGCGCAAUUCCAACGAGAGGAGACUCAACUUUUUGUCCUAAGGGUUAUGGUGGGCUUGGUAAUUCUUUAUGAUCAUGUACAUCCCCAGGGUGCCUUUGUAAAGGGUUCAAACGUGGAUGUCAAAGGCUGUGUGAAGCUAUUAAAGGAUCAGCCGCCAUGCAAGAGCGAGGGCCUUUUGAAUGCUCUUCGCUAUACCACGAAGCACUUGAAUGAGGAGAACACGCCGAAGAACAUAAAGAACUUACUCGCUGCAUGAUUACCGAAGCAACGCGGUUGCUGCAUCAGAAGCUGAGAUCGCCGGCCGCACUUCCUUGUAGACACUUCUAGAAGAAGUGGCAUUCGCUUCGAAUGAUCGUCUUUGUAGCUCCGCGAAUAGGUCCAAGAAGAAUCCUUCACUUCGCGCGCGUAAAGUGCGACCUGUGUCGGGCUUCCUUCUAACACGCGUCUGACAUAGCGGACCACACGCGUAUCCUCAAAAUUAAAAGUCGAAAGCUGCCCGAAAACUGCCGAGAUUUAUGAAGUCUUCGAAGAAUCAAGUUAAGUGACACGAUAACGAUCGAUUUUAAUAAAACGGUCAUUGCGCGUUUCCUCUUAUUUUCUUACGAUUCGUUUGAGAGAAUAUACCAUUAUUGCUGAUAUUAUUAUUACGUCACGAAAUGAUUAUUGUCAAAUCGCGACACGUAUUUUCCGCGGAUUAUUCUAUCAUUUUUUUUUAUUAUUUUUUAAGCAUUAAUAUUUUUUCAAUAGCGAGUCCUUCUUUAGUUCGUGGCGUUUACAUCUUCCAACGACAAGAGAAGUUAAAUAGAAGCUACAAUAGAUUUGUAUGGCUACAGAUUGUUCCCCGUAGUAAGAUUUUCUCUGGUACAGUGUUCCAACCAAAGUUAUCUAUUGACACGAUUUCCGGCCGAACGGGAUUAAAAGUUAAUUAGAGCAUAUCAUAGUGUAUUUAAGAUACCGAUGGACUUUUGAAGGUGUUACGAAGAGAGCUUUAAUCACGUUAUGGAUAUUAUGGAGAUUUUUAGCUCUUGUUUUCUUUGUUGAAUGACGGGCGAGAGGGUGGAUUGUGAGAUUGUGAAUUGCAAAGUCGAAUACUAUCGGAUACUGAAUAUGCAUAAUCGAUAAUCGUAUUUUAUUGAUAAUUCAAUAUUUGGAAAGUAUCAAACAUUAUUGUGCGUGAUCUGGUUUAUUAAAAUUUAAAAUCAUUUUGUAACUUUUUUGUUGUUACACACGAUUGAAGAUUAAAAAACCAAAGAUGCUUUUAGUAUAUAGUAAAACUACAAGAACGUCAAAGAUGUGAUUUAUUAUUAUUAUUAUUAUUAUUAUUACGUACUAUGAUUGUAUUAUUAUUAAUAUUCUCAUUGUAAAUGAUACUACAAAAGUUCUAUUUAUAAUAACUAGCCAAUCGCACGAACCGCAAUAUAUCUCAGCGGUAUUACGUCAUUGUUUACGUAUUAAUGCAGAAAAAUCUAUCUAUGUGCAAAUGUAAUAGUCGCGAUAAUUUUUCAUACUAUGUCUUUCUAGUCGAUACAAUUUUUCAGAGCGUAUAACAUUGAUUUUAUAAAUUUUUGCAUCAAAAUUUUUGACUCACAUUUUUCUAAUAUAUAUUUUUAAUUAAUUUAUUAUAAAAUUUCAAAUAAUAUUUAUUAUAAAUUCUGAAAUAUUUUUUCUUACUUCAAGUUUCGUUUAGUUUUUUAUACGGAUUUAAAAAAUUUUGUAGAAUUUGAUAACAAACACCACAUUAGCAAAACAAUCCUUAGAUAUUACAAUUUUUUACUGUCAUAUUAAAAAAGAAAUAUUUGUGAUAUUUAGGACCGGUUUUUACAUUUACAUAUGACGUAAAUAUGAGGAAAAAUCUUACAGGUGUUUUCGAACUGACUUUAGCACAAAUCAUCUUCUUGCGCGUUUUAGAGAUUAAUACCUUGAAGACUGCUUGCCGACCAUAAUGUGGAAUCUUGUGUGAAAGUACAUGUAACCGAAGAUCACACGUUUAUGUAAAAAUUUACUGUGAAAUGUUUAUCAGUAGUGAACCUCAAGACACACUCAAAUAUUGUAUAUACAGAUUGUUAUGACGUAUUAUCGAUAUCCACAAGUAUUACAUUGUUACAUUGGCGCUUCAUCAACAAGUGCCCUGACUUAUUGCCUUGGUAAUUUUUAAGGGAAAAACAAAAAUGAGACAAACAAUAUUUAGUUAUUUUUACGUAUUAUUCAUUAUAUGCUUCAUUUUGUAAUGUUAUUCAAUGUCAAUUAACACGAGGAAUAUUAUUAUUGCACUUAUUACAUGCGCGCACGUGCGCGAGAGAUUGUACUUGAAUUAAAUUAAAAUCCCCUGAAACGCACAAACACUGUAAUUAUUUUAAUAGAGUUUAUUAUUUCGAUGAAUCACUUCCUUCGAGCAAA